UCACCAUCUUUCUUCGUCUCCUCUUCUCCACGAGAGGAUAGCCAAAGCUACCUCUCUCUUCUCUCUCUCCAUUUCUGCCCAUUUAUUAUUUUUAUCCUUUCUUCUUUAUUUAUUUAUUUAUUUUAAUCUCUCUUUACAUAUACCCUCUUUUCUCCUCUUCCUCAAACCUCUGUUUCCAUUAGAUUUUCUUCAUCUUAAGAAAUUUGUAAGAACACCCUAAAUAUUCAAAAAAACAAAAACAAAAACGAAAAAAAAUUUGAAAAAUAAUUAAGAGAGGGGGUUGAGGAGAAAAGAAGAAGAAGAAGAGAGGACCCUAAUCUCUCUCUUGUUCUUGUUUUAUACCUCCUCUCAGAUCCAUUAAUUUAUAUAUUUAUUGGGUUUUAACCCCGAGCAAAUUUCAACAAUCUGAUUGGAAGAUGGAGCCAGGGAAGCUAUUCAUCGGUGGGAUUUCUUGGGACACAAAUGAAGAUCGUCUGAGGGAGUAUUUUGAAACAUUUGGUGAGGUGGUUGAGGCUGUGAUCAUGAAGGAUCGAGCCACGGGCCGAGCUCGUGGCUUCGGCUUUGUUAUCUAUGCUGACCCGGCUGUUGCUGAGCGAGUUGUGAGGCAGAAGCAUAUGAUAGAUGGCAGAACUGUUGAGGCAAAAAAGGCUGUUCCUAGAGAUGAUCAGCAUGUCCUUACCAGAAACCACAGCAGUCCUAUUGCUUCACCAGUGCCUGCUCGCACAAAGAAGAUAUUCGUGGGGGGCUUACCGUCUACUGUGACUGAAGGGGACUUCAAAAGGUACUUUGAUCAGUUUGGGAUCAUCACUGAUGUUGUUGUUAUGUAUGAUCACAAUACCCAAAGGCCAAGAGGAUUUGGAUUUAUCACCUUUGACUCAGAAGAUGCAGUUGAGAGAGCGCUGAUGAAAACCUUUCAUGAACUCAAUGGUAAAAUGGUUGAGGUCAAACGAGCUGUUCCCAAGGAGCUGUCACCAGGUCCAAGCAGGAGUCCUUUAGGAGCUGGUAGUGGUGGACUUACUAGAGUUAAUAGCUUCCUCAAUGGUUUUACACAGGGUUACAAUCCAAGCCCAAUUGGAGGACAUGGAGUCAAAAUUGAUGAACGACAAAGUCCCAUGCCUUUUGCUCGAGGUGGAUUUCCUUCAUUUAGCCCUUCUAGUUAUGGUAGUGCAUUGAAUUAUGAGCCGAGAAUGAGUCCAGGCUUUGGGGAAACUGCAAAUCUCUAUCCAAAGUUGAGUUUUGAGCAAGGUUUAAGUGCUUUGCACAAUGGCAACAUUAACAGGCACGAUAACUUUGUUGAGUUUGAUGGGGUGAACAGGGGUAGUGGUUCCACCAUUGGUUCAUCUUCCUGGAGCUUGUGGGGAAAUGGAAAUGGAAAUGGAAAUGGAAAUGGGAGCAUUAAUGACUCUCCAUUCUCUGGAAACAAUGCUUCUAUGAACUUCAGAGAUAUUGAGGCAGAUGCUCUUAAGAAUACUGAAUUUAUUUGGAAUACUUCUGCCAUUCCUGUUCAAGGGGGAGGGCGUGCUUCUGUCUCAAAUGGUCUCAGUCUUAGCUAUGGUCGGGAAGAUAACAAUCUUGGAUCAGCAAUGGGAUUGUAUGGCAGAGACAUCAGAACCAGGACACAGCCAGUCUCAUCUUUCCCUUCCUUAGAUGUUGGUUUUGAUGCUAAGUUUGAUGAUUUUCUUGGUGGUGGGGGUGAGCAAUCCUUGCUUUUGCCAUCUUUGGGACUGAAGGGAUCUGGUUCAUUUGAAUUUGGACUCGGAAAUUCAGUGUCGGAUGUUCCACUCAACAACCCUGCUGGGUUAUGCUGGUAGUUAUAGCAUUUGUCAAUAGCAACAUUAGAGUUUCAGGGAUGCUGCCUAGGAAAAUUAUUCAAUUGGAUGUCGAAGUUUCUGUAGACGAACAGAGUCUGCAAGAACUGUUUUCUGUAAUUCAGUAAGUAGAAACUUGGGGGUCGUAGCAUUAUUGAUCAGGAGUUGCUGCUUGGAUUCACAAUAUACAAGUAACAAAGAUCGGCACUUACUACUUGGUCAGUUUAUCAUAGGGUUUUAUUUUUCUGGUUUUUUUUUUUGGGUCUUGAUUAGUUGGAAUUUGUAAAUUGAAUUACGGGGUACACAUAGUAUCAUCAUCCAUCACUUGCAACAUGCGGCGGGUACAUAAAGAACUAAGAAGUGGAUGUUUCUGAUUUUCUCCUUUCACAAUAGUUUUUCCAGCCAAGUUGUUUAUAUUCUUAUGAGGUACUCAAUUGCUGUAGUGAACAUCUUGUCGAGUUUGUAAUGUUUAAACUCUUCAGAAUGCUUGUGAGCUGCUUAUACCGUUCCGAUAGAAUUUUUGUGACUUCAUAUAGCUAGUCUAAUCUUAUUUCUA